AAGGGAAUACCCAUUAUUAUUGUUUGAAUGUCCCUAAUUAUAUAAUUUGUCAAAAACAGAAGAAAAACAGUGCUGUUUUCUUUCAAUGCAGGUAAGGUCUCCCAUCAAACUGAGCUUGUCUACUCUCAAAAUAUUGAGAAAAGGAAAUUACAAUUUCUUGAAACCACUCAGCAAGCGCACUUUGUAUAGACAUUUUGCAUUUGGUUUGAGUGUCGGGACAAUCAUUCUUUCCAUCUCAUCCAAUAUUUUUAUUUAUUUUUCAUAAAAGUUUAAAUUUAGACUUGUGAAACACCAAUAUUUCAGAUGUUUCGUGGACAUGAGUUUUUACUGGAUAAGUGAUUGUUAAGCUCUAUUGUUGCGUGAAGUUUAAAUUGACCUUAGGUUUUUUCCCUUCAUUGUUUCACUGCAUUGUGAUAAAGAAACAUAUGGCAAGAUAACAUGCAUGUAGAGACAAAGGCUUGUUUUGGAACAACAUUUUUAAUUAGCUUUAGCUUUUUGGAUAAUUUUUUAAUAGUGUUGAUUAAUUUUGAAAACGCUAAAGGAUAAAAUUGUUGCCAAACGGGCCCAAAGUUGAAAGCAUCUGACUGGAGGGGAAUUUACCUAAAUAGGACUACAACAUAAUAACUUUCUCAAAAUAAGACCAUAUGUUUUUAUUUUCCAGUGUAGGACCAUUGGUCAUUAUCCACUAGUCAUUAUUCAAGUAAAUGUUCAUCAUCACUAGACAUUAUUCCUCCCACUAGACAUUAUUAAGUCCUAUUUAGGGAAUAAAAAAGAUUAAGUCCUACAUUGGAAAAUGGCUUAUGUUUUAGUCCUAUUUAGUGCAAAUUUUUCUUUACUGGAUUCAAUCAUACAGAUAUUUUGUGUCCCCCCCCCCCAUUUUUUUUUGCAAAAUAGUGUCAUUGUGCUAAGGCUUUUGUUGUUGUUGUUCUACUUCCAUUGUGUGCUCUUGAUGUCAUUUUAUGUGGAAGAAAAAGGAACAACCACAACAAACUGAUCCACCAACUAUUCCAGUAGUAGAACUUUUUCCUUCUGGCGAGUUUCCGGAGGGUGAAAUUCAACAAUACAAAGAUGAUAACUUGUGGCGAACUACGUCUGAAGAAAAAAAGGAAUUGGAACGCCUCGAAAAGCCAAUUUACAAUUCGAUUCGACAAGCUGCCGAAGUUCAUCGUCAGGUCCGGAAAUAUGUUAAACAAAAUUUGAAGCCGGGGAUGCUGAUGGUUGACAUAUGUGAAACCUUGGAGAAUACAGUUCGUAAACUGAUAUCAGAAAAUGGACUCCAAGCUGGAAUUGCUUUCCCCACUGGAUGUUCACUGAAUUGGGUUGCUGCCCAUUGGACUCCAAAUUCUGGAGACAAAACUGUGCUUCAAUAUGAUGAUGUCAUGAAAUUAGAUUUCGGAACACACAUUGAUGGUCACAUAGUAGACUGUGCAUUUACAGUGGCUUUCAACCCCAUGUUUGAUCCACUGCUUGAAGCCUCACGUGAAGCCACCAAUACAGGAAUCAAGGAAGCAGGUAUUGAUGUUCGCCUUUGUGAUGUUGGUGCUGCCAUCCAGGAGGUCAUGGAGUCAUAUGAAGUUGAAAUUAAUGGAAAAAACUUCCAAAUUAAAAGUGUCCGCAAUUUGAAUGGCCACAGCAUUGGGCCGUAUCAAAUUCAUGCGGGCAAAUCAGUCCCGAUUGUGAAAGGAGGAGAGCAAACUAAGAUGGAAGAGGGCGAAGUUUAUGCAAUUGAAACUUUCGCAUCCACGGGUAAGGGUUUUGUGAGAGAAGAUUUGGAGUGCAGUCAUUAUAUGAAGAAUUUUGAUAUUGGGCACAUUCCAUUGCGGCUGCCAAGAGCUAAGCAACUACUGGCAACCAUUAAUAAGAACUUCUCCACUCUAGCUUUCUGUAGACGUUAUCUUGACCGUCUUGGCGAAACCAAAUAUCUCAUGGCACUCAAGAAUCUGUGUGAUUCUGGCAUUAUCCAGCCGUACCCUCCCCUAUGUGAUAUUAAGAGCAGCUACGUAUCUCAAUUCGAGCACACCAUUUUACUUCGUCCAACCUGCAAGGAGGUGAUAUCUAGGGGUGAUGACUACUGAUUUUUGGGAUCCAAUUAUCACUUUCAUUCCCUCUCUCUACUUUUUGUUUUUUUUUAAUGAUCAAGAGUUCGAACACCUAAAUGCUUCUAAGCCAACUCGUGUUAAAACUGUACUCAGAAUACGUUUUUCUCUAUCACUGUAAUCGAUUCUAUGAUUUAGGAUGCAAUAAUUUUUAAGGUAACCAAUUAGGUCUUUUCUUAAGUAAGAGUAAUUAAUGAGUUUUUCAUUU